GUGUAUCACAGGACACGUCACAGUGCUGAAGGUGGCAAAAGCUCAAAGAACAAACAAGCCAGACUCAGAAGGACAGAGACAGAGGGACGCUGCCACGCCGUGAAGUUUAAAAGAGCUUUAGCUUCAGUGUUUAAGCCUUGCUGAGAUUGUCUGAGGCUCUAGAACAGGAGACAAGAGCCAGGGCGAAAGACCUGCGUGACACUGACUCUUCUGACAGCACCAUCACAGUGAGCACUUCAGAAGCGUGUCGGGUUCAGAGGAGGGAAACGGGCCAUACAUGAGGCGCUGACAUCAAGAAGUUCAGUACAGACCAAAAAAGGACUAGAAAGGUGAAGAAAAAUGAGAGAUAUCAGCGCCAUGGAGAAUAAGUGGAUGUUGAGAGCCGUGUUUGUUCUGGCUGUCUGUCUCACAAGAAAUCUCACAUCAGGACACGGUGACAGAACUUCUCUGGAUUCUGACAAAACACCACACAGCCCUGAUCCUACAACAGUAAAGCUUGAAGGUUUCAGGAAUGAGAGCUUUGAAGUGGGCAGCAGGGUCACUUUACUCUGCACCAACACAAAGAUAGCAUGGAGUGAGAUGAUUUAUGUCAUCUGGAAAAUCAGCACACAAGAGAAGAACUGCAGCAUUGCUGUGGCCAGAAAUGACUCCAAUUUUGACACGUGCCAAGAUGGAAAGAAGAUUAAUAUUAGUAAAGGUGGAGACUACAGUCUGAUCAUCCCUCACUUUUCCAUUAAAGAUGAAGGAAAUUACACCUGUGAUGUGUCCUACCAUGCGGGGGGCUACGUGGAAAACAUAUAUGUGUCUGCAUGGGUGCAACCAAAGAUGGCUGGCUGGCUGGAAACUAAAGGUGGCCACACUUUUGCCAUCUGCGAAGUUCAGAGUUUACCAGAAGCUUCUAUCCUAUGGGAACCUCUGUCGAACUCCUCUUUACCUGAGACAAACUCAUCCAGAGAAGCUAGUGGAAUUUUCAUAGUCACGAGCCGGUUACAGCUGCCUCGAAAUGCCUUUGACAAAAACCUGACCUGUGUAGCUGCCAGCCACUCCAAGUGGCCAGAGACUCGAUUCACCAUCUUUACAGGCAACGACAAUCCUGUUAAAUGGCCUUUUAUUCUUCUGGGCGUUUGUGCCACCUGCUCCAUCGUGACUCUCCUGACUGGUCUCUACAUCAUGCGGGAAAAACUUGGACGGUUAAGUGUGUUUAAAAAGAUUUGCUGCUCAUCCCAAAUCUCCCAACCAUCAAAAGAGGAAAAAACUCCACAGCCUCGUGACACUGAAGAAGUGGAACCCUACGCCAGUUACGUGCAAAGAGUGAACUCCAUCUACAACUCCUCUGCUGAUCUCUUCAACGCUUGAACCACAUUUAGACACAUGCAUGGACACGCAAACCCACACAGUUUGAUGAGAUUGCAGAUUAUGGCAAACAUGAACACAAUGCAGAGUGGAGUGAGUUUUGCACAUGACAAAUGCAACACUCAUCACUGCACACCUACUCUGUGGACAAAAGUGUGUGCUAAUACAGCUGGAAACAAAGGCUAAUGAAACCCCUUCAAAAAACCAGCCUUCAACAAACAGACGCUGAUGAGAGAAACACAAACCAGAGUGAGUCAAAGCAAGAGAAGGAGUGGAAAGUGAGGGAUUCGCCAUGUCUUCAUGAUAUGAAGACUCUGCAUGACUGAAGUGAGCAGUGCUUCUGUUGCUCAAACUACGUCCAAACUAAUCCACCAAGCUUCACAGAUCACAGGCCUAAAAGAGACUUAAUGCAGAGGGGCCUUCAAGACUCUAAGGAAGGUUUCUUUUGACGUGGCCUUGAUUUCCAGCUGACUGUAUCUCAUCCACUGAUAGAGCUGGAGUGGAGUGAGGAAUGUUUCAGUGAAUCAAAUAAUCACAGAGACUUGACAAUAAGGGAUUUAUUGCUCUUUUCUCCAUGAGAGAUGUGUGCCAGUCUCACUUCCCUCACUUCCAUUGUGAUUUCAGUUUUGGAGCUCUUCACUGUAUAUAGUAUAUUCAAAAAUCCCACAGUGGCACAAUAUAUAUUCUGCAUAUAUUUGGAACAAUGUAUUACACCAAUGUACUCCAGAACUGCUGUCAGAGACCACCCUUCAUUUAUUUUUUCAUUUCCAGUCAAAAGGGCCAUUAGGUUGAAGUUAUUCUGGGCAUGAGGAAAAGGCAGAAAAUUUCAAAAGAAGCCACAGCAAAAAAAAAUUAAUAUUACAUUGUUUCAGUAUUUAAUGUGUCCAUUCUGUACCAUUACAGCAGCUUCCAUUCUCUUUUCAUGAGACUUUCAAUUUAUCAGAGUAAUCUGCAGGAAUAUUUUUUCACUAAUUUUUCUAAGUUCAGUCUUAGAAGUUUGUUGCAUUUUCUGCUUCUAACGAUCCAA